AUGCGUAUUGUUAUCUCUGAAGACAGCGACGCUGUCGCCGACUACGUCGCGGGGUACAUCAUUGAGCGCAUUCGUGACUUCUCUCCCUCCAAGGACCGGCCGUUUGUGCUGGGCCUCCCCACCGGUGGAUCUCCACUGAAGACGUACCAGCGGCUGAUCCAGGCCUACCGCGAGGGACGCAUCACGUUCCGCAACGUGAUCACGUUCAACAUGGACGAGUACGUCGGACUCCCCCGCGAGCACCCGCAGAGCUACUACUACUUCAUGAAGGCCAACUUCUUUGACUUUGUUGACAUUCCCGAGGAGAACCGCAACCUGCUGGACGGCAAUGUCCCGGACCUCCUCCAUGAGUGCCAGCGCUACGAGGACAAAAUCCGACAGGUGGGCGGCAUUCACUUAUUCAUUGCUGGCAUUGGCACCGACGGUCACUUGGCCUUCAACGAGCCAGGCAGCAGCCUCGACAGCCUCACCCGCGUGAAGUCCCUCAACGACGAGACUAUUGCAUCCAACGCGCGCUUUUUCGACAACGACGUCCGCAGGGUGCCAACGAUGGCCCUCACGGUUGGCAUCAGGACGGUGCUGCAGGCGCAAAGCGUCCUUGUGAUUGCGACGGGGGCGAGUAAGGCGGUGGCCGUGGCGCAGUGUGUGGAGGGAAGCGUCAGCCACUCCCACCCCAUCACCGCCCUGCAGUGGCACCGCUCUGCCGUCCUCUGCCUCGACAGGGAUGCAACGAUGGAGCUGAAGGUCAAGACGGUCCGAUACUUUGAGGGGCUUCUGAAGCGCGAGGAUGAGCUCCGCAGGCGCCAGGAGCGCGCCGAGCUGACGCUGGCAAAGAUGUAG